GGAACAAUGAGUCGCCGUAACCGCCAUUCACCUUUGUCUGUUUGUCCUUUAGGAUAAGGACACACCCACGCACACUCGGAGUGAUUGUGACGUCAUCUGGCUGAGUCAAAGGUCAAGGAUCUUCAUGCUGCUCCGGCGAGUGACCUUCCGGGCAAUGUUGGGGGCUCAGCUGGCAGUGAGCACUGUGUUGUGGCUGGCCUUGAGGCACGUGCAUGUGGGUAUGGCGUUUUCGGCAGAAGACAUGGUCCGGCUCAGGAACGACCUCCUGACCAACUACAGCGUGGGUGUGCUCCCUUUGCGGAACCAGAGCAAGUCUCUACCAGUCAGCAUGUCCUUCUUCCUCAUCAUGAUACACAACCUGAACAUGAAGAACCAGGUGCUGACGGCGAGUGGCUGGCUCAAGUUUGAGUGGUGCGACGAGUUCCUGCAGUGGGAGCCAGACAGUUACGGCGGCAUCGACGAGCUGAUUCUGUUCCAGAAGGACGUGUGGCUACCUGACAUCUUUGUGGAGAACACAGCCCAGCACUACCGAGAACUGGGCAACAAUCAGAUGCUGAUCAGUGUGAAGAGCUCGGGCAUGAUACACUGGGAGCCCGGGAUCAUCACCGAGACCAGCUGUGCUGUCAACAUCGGCAAGUAUCCCUUCGAUACCCAGAACUGCGCCAUUCGUUUCCUCACCUGGAUGCACACCAAUAACCUGCUCGCACUAAGCACAGCCUCUGUAGUGUGUGCCGGUAUCGUGCUCAACAUCCACUACCGAGACCCCAGCCACCCCGUACCCAGGCUCAUCAGGAUUCUCUUCUCCUCCUCUGUCACCGACACCGACACCGACACCAGCAUGGACCGGGCAUCGUCCACCGAUUCCUUCAGGUUAGCUUAUGUUGAUCUGUCCACCUGCUGA